UUGAAAUAAUGUUGAUUUUAUCACGAUUUAAUCUGCUAUCCGCAUCCCUCUUCCUCGCCUCGCUGUCAAUUACACGGGCUGCACUACCUACUCCUAGUCAGUAUCCUCCUCUCGACAAGAUUUCUCCUGCUAAUCCUAACUGGACUCAUAUUGCUUUGAAAAAUGUACCCAGUAUUCCUCUGAAUACCAAACAACUUCCUCAUCCUGACUGGUCCAAGGAUAUCAUUACAUGCUCGAAUGAAAAGCAAUGGGGCAUUUCAUACGACGAUGGUCCUUCUGUUCAUACUCUCGAGUUACUCAAGGUACUUGCAGAUCGUAAAAUCAAUGCUACAUUCUUCAUUGUUGGAUCUCGUGCUAUGCAGAAUCCCGAUAUUCUGCUCAAAACCUUCCAGGCAGGCCAUCAGCUUGCUUUGCAUACAUGGUCCCACUCUGCCAUGACUACCAUUCCUAAUGAUCAAAUAAUUGCCGACAUUGUCUUCAAUGCCAUGAUUGUUAAACAAAUUAUUGGUCUCACUCCUCGCUUCAUUCGCCUUCCUUAUGGAGAUAUCGACGAUCGUGUUCGUGCCAUUAUUCACAAUCUUGGACUUGUUGCAGUUGCAUGGAAUGUAGACUCCAACGAUGCUGCUGGUGCUACUGAUGUUGCAGCUCAGUUUAAACUCAAGGCCAAUGCUGGCCCUAAGCCAUACAUCUCACUCGAACACGAUAUAUUGCCCAACAUCAAAACUCAGGCUGCUGAGGCUUUGGAUGCCAUUCUCUCUGGCACUGGUGGUUAUAAGAUUAUGUCUAUUUCUGAAUGCUUGAACCAGCCUGCUUAUGAUGAAGGCUUUUGGGAGCGUGUCGGCACUGGCUCGCUGCCUGCUACUGCAAACACUGCACCUCCUCCCUUGUCACAAUCCGUCUCCGUUCCAGGUCCCAGCAGUGGCUCUAGUCAUGGCGCUAGCAGUGGUUCUAGUAAUGGUGCUGGAAAACCUGCUGCAUCCAAUGAUGCUAUGCCAAACAGAUUUUCCGUCAUUUUCCCAUUGACUGCUUUGAUGACUGCUUUGAUGUCAGUAUUGCUGUAAGUAUUUUACUACAUAGCACUCUCCAAUUCUUAUUCUAGCCUUGUCCUGGCUUGGUUGCUUGUGUGUCGUACUCUGGUUUACCUUUUUCAGAUUUCAUGUUUUGAAAGCAAAUUGAAUAAAUUGUUUUAUUGUUU